UCCUUCUUUUUGGACGACUUUUCUGCGCCUGCGUGCCGUGCUGUCUGACCUUGCCUGCAGUCACCAUGUUGUCCCGCAGCACUGUCCUCAUCUUCCAGCCACAAUGGGGCCAGGUCAGAAAUAUGGCUACUCUAAAAGACAUUACGAGACGCUUAAAGUCCAUCAAGAAUAUCCAAAAGAUUACAAAGUCCAUGAAGAUGGUGGCUGCAGCAAAGUACGCUAAAGCUGACAGGGAGUUGAAACCAGCUCGAGUAUAUGGAACAGGAUCUCUGGCCCUGUAUGAGAAAGCUGAAAUUAAGGCUCCUGAAGACAAGAAGAAGCACCUCCUCAUUGGUAUUUCCUCUGAUAGAGGUCUCUGCGGUGCUAUUCAUUCCUCUGUUGCAAAAUCCAUCAAAAAUGAAAUUGCCAACCUCGCUGAAACUGGGAAGGAAGUCAUGGUGGUUGGAGUUGGGGACAAGUUGAGGGGUCUUCUUCAUAGGACCCAUGGACAACAUCUGCUUCUAACCUUUAAGGAUGUUGGCAGGAAACCACCUACUUUUGGUGAUGCUGCUUUAAUUGCAUCUCAGCUGCUGAAUUCUGGCUAUGAAUUUGACCAAGGAGCGGUUGUGUUCAAUCGCUUCAGGUCUGUCAUCUCCUACAGGACCGAGGAUAAGCCAAUUUUCUCUCUUGAUACUGUUGCGAACUCUGAAAAUAUUGGUAUCUAUGAUGAUAUUGAUGCUGAUGUGCUGAGAAACUAUCAGGAAUUUACUCUGGCUAAUGUCAUCUAUUACACACUGAAAGAGUCCGCCACGAGCGAGCAGAGCGCCAGGAUGACUGCCAUGGACAAUGCAAGCAAAAAUGCCUCUGAGAUCAUUGAUAAGCUGACAUUGACUUUCAAUCGCACCCGUCAAGCUGUCAUCACCAAGGAACUCAUUGAGAUCAUCUCUGGUGCUGCUGCUCUGGGAUGAAAAUAGUGCUGGAGUUAAUCCAUUGUCAUGAGAUAAUGUAUGAACCUUCUGGCGUGACAAUGUGUGCUUUUACAUGCCUCAGAAUAUGAUGGUUCAGUCUACGAAGAAAACAAUAUUUGUAAAUUCUAUUACAAUUAAACAUCUUACAUGGAA